AUGUCGGCCGAUGGUUACCUGGUAUUCCUGCCUGCCCAUCACAUCCAGGAACUGUGCAUGCACCCCAGGACCGAAGUCUCCUUUGGCCACAUGGUUGAACAAUACUUUUCCACCCGCUACACCGGCUUCGGCGCCAACAACGCAACAUUUCUCAAGGGCACCAAGCUCGGGAUUGUAUCCAACGGGUCCGCCUUCAUCCCGGCCAUGUUUGACGAAGCCGAAUCAUGCAUAAGCCGAAUAUUUGGAGCCCCUUGCCCCGACGACGACGGAUACGUACACGUAAACGUCACGUAUGCGGCCGGCCAGACGACGGCACAGAUAAUGGCCCGCAGCUUCGUCGGCAAGGGCCUCUCUCGCUCGGGAGAUUGGGUGGACGGUCAGCUGGCAUACUUGAGCUUCGUCUGGGCCGCCGCGCGCGGCAUCCAGGCCUGGCCAAUGUGGCUGCAGCCGCUGGUUUACCGCUUCGUCAAGGGCUACAGGGACCUGCGCGAGGAGGAGCGUCGAAUAGCCGACCGCCUGCGGCCGGAUUUCGACGCAGCCAGGCUCGGACUGGCUGGCAAGGGUAUUGAGCACACCAUGAUUGACGACUUCUUGUCCGUCACGCCCCCCGCCAACCGGGAAGACGUCAUGUUCCAUAUGACUCUGCAGUACCAGCUAAUAUUUACUGCUAUACAUCCUACUUCAGAGACGCGCUUUACCCACAUUGUCAAGAACUUUUGA